AUGACCUCCACCGAUCGCGUCCCCAUCCCGGGAGAGGCCCGCCUGAUCUUGGCAGAGUCAGCUACCGACGCGUCACGCUUCGUUCUUCAGCCAACGCCCUCCAAGGAUCCUAAUGAGCCUCUCAAUUGGCCUACAUGGCGAAAGCUCUUCAACUUUGGGCUGUCGAUCGCCGUCACGGUCGCUGCCUUCACCAAUGUCUCGAUCCAGACUGUCUUUUGGCAGCAGAUGACUGUUGACAUGGGCGUUAGCAUCCAGCAGUUGACCAAUGCCCAAUCCGCACAGCUAGCUGGUCUAGCCAUGGGUUGUCUGUUCUUUAUCCCCCUCUCUAUCAAGUAUGGACGUCGCUCUGCGUACAUCAUCUCUACUGCUGUUCUUGCCGGUGUCUCGUGGUGGACUUCGAGAAUGCAGAGCUAUCCUGAGCUGAUCAUCACCAUGGUCAUCACCGGUCUCGGCGGUGCUAUCAACGAAACCGCUGUUCAGAUGACUAUCUCGGACCUCUUCUUUGUUCAUCAUCGUGGAUCUGCCAACGCAGUCUACUUCACCGCCGUCAUGGUCGGUUCUUUUCUGACCCCCAUGGCCUCUGGCACACAAGCUGCUAACCAAGGCUGGCGCUGGUCUUACUACACCUUGUCCAUCUGCCUCACCAUUCUCUUCGUCGUCUUCAUCUUUGCCUUUGAGGAGACAAAGUACAUUCCCCUCUCGGUCGGCGAGGCAGAUAACGAUGACGCUGGUUCAGACCACAACCCUACCGAGAAAGACAUCGACUCCAAGAACAAGGUCGGCAGUGAUCUUGUCACCGUCGCUACUCAUACUGAUCCUACCAUCCCCAUGAACUCGUACCGUCAGUGCAUGCGUUUGACCACCACGACGAGCGAAUCUCUUCCUCGCUUGUUCAUGAUGCCCUUCCAUGUCAUCACCCUUCCCCACGUCAUGUUCACUGCUCUGCAGUUUGCUUCUGGAGUCUGCUGGCUUGUCAUCUUUAUGCAAAUCAUCUCUAUUGUCUUCUCAGCGCCUCCUUACAACUUCACUACCGCUGGCAUCGGAUGCAUGGCCCUCGGUCCGUUUGUUGGCAACAUCUUUGGAAGUAUCUAUGGAGGACCUCUCGCCGACUGGACUGUUGUUCGACUUGCACGACGCAAUGGAGGUGUCUACGAGCCUGAGAUGCGACUGUAUCCCCUCGUGAUUCCUACCUUUUUCAUGGCUGGUGGCAUCAUCAUGUUUGGCGCAACAGCUGCUCGCGGCAUGCACUGGAUCUAUCCCUCCCUCGGUGGAGCAUUCUUUGCUUUUGGACUUGGUGCCAACGGUGAUAUCACCUUCACUCUCAUCAUCGAUACUUAUCGUGAGCUCGUCGCCGAAGCCUUCAUCGGCAUUGCUUUCCUGCGAAACGCCGUCUCUGUUGGCGUCACAUUUGCCAUUGUUCCUUGGAUGACGACUAUGGGUCUCACCAAUAUGUUCAUCAUCAGUGGCUGCAUUGCAUUCGCCAUUGGCUCCCUCUUUGUGCCCAUGAUUAUCUACGGCAAGAAGAUUCGCACUGCGUUGGCACCUCGCUAUUGGAAGCUCGUCGAGAAGCGGUCGCGUAUUUGA